GGGGGGGCGGGGUUUGUGCGAGAGUUGGACCUGUGUGAGCAAGUUGGACCUGCCACGUCUACAUGGGUUUGGGACUGAGGGAAGGGGAAGGCAGUGGGGGCAAUUAAAGAAAGGGAUAGACUCUCAAGAAAAAAAAGUGGGAGAAAAAUAGUUUUGCAUACUAUGUUGCCCAAGGGUCUGCAAGCUUCCCACGCACUCGUUUUCACCUUUGUGCUGGGUUAUGCCAGCAGUGCCCUGAUUCCAGAGGCUGAUGUGAAAAUCGAUGUGCUGCAAAAGCCUUUCCUCUGUCACCGAAAGACCAAACUAGGUGACCAGUUACUGAUCCAUUAUACUGGAUUUUUUGAGAAUGGCACCAUGUUUCAUUCCAGUCACAAGGACAACAAUGGCGAGGCAGUUUGGUUUACACUUGGGAUCAAAGAAACACUUGUAGGCUGGGACAGAGGUUUACGUGAGAUGUGUGCAGGAGAGAAGAGGAAGCUAGUCAUUCCCCCAAGCCUGGCAUAUGGAAAAGAAGGAAAAGGAAAAAUUCCACCUGAAAGCACGUUGAUAUUUGAAGUUGAGCUUCUUGACAUCAGAAAUGGACCACGGUCGCAUGAAUCAUUCCAGGAGAUGGACCUCAAUGAUGACUGGAAAUUGUCCAGACAAGAAGUGAAAGAAUAUCUCCGCAGAGAAUUUGACAAAUAUAAAGUUGCACAAAAUGACACCCAACAGGAGUCUAUGGUCAACGACAUCUUUAAGAAUGAAGAUGAAGAUGAAGAUGGAUACAUUUCUGCUAGAGAAUUUACAUAUAAACAUGAUGAGCUAUAAAUGAAUGGUUCUGUUCCCUCCUAGUAUAUUUGGACGUUACAUUUGUUACUUUAAGUGUUUAUUUUUCAAAGAAGCAAAGAAUAACUCCCCUGUAAAAUAAGCCUGAUAAAUGCAAUUCUUUUUUAAAAGUUUUGUUUUAAAAUUUAAUCUGAUAUAUUGAUGAGCAUCUAUAAGAUGAAUGGAUAAAUUUGGAAUGUUUUACCUCUUAUUUUGAAUGUUUUAUACAAUAGUAUUGACAUUCACUCAGUAAGUGCAGACAUUUCUGUGGGAAUUAACGUCAGUCAUAAUUACAUGACCAUCAUUGAGAUACUUCUGUGGAAUUUGAAGCCCUAUACUGAUUCUUUAUAUUAAUUGUGAAAGGGAUUACUCUCCUCAAUUUGAAUAGCUAAAUUCUUAUUUUUUGUACCCAACUGUAUUUGUGAUAUAAAAGAGGGCAUAGGUGACCAAAAUAUUAAGCCAAUCUGUGCCUUAUCAGUGAGCUCCACA